AUGCAGGAAAGAGCUAUGGAGAUUGGAUGGACACACAAUCAGAGACAAAGGCAAGUCCUAGCUUUCUUUGUUUUGCUGAGCAUGUCUGGGGUGGGCGCUGAUUUGGGGCCCUAUGCCAUAGCGGAAGAAUCAGAGAGAGGCUCUUUUGUGGCAAAUCUAGGAAAAGACCUGGGAUUGGGAUUGACAGAAAUGUCCAUCCGCGGGGUCCGGAUCAUUUCCCAGGAGAACAAGGCUCAUUUGCAGCUCAGAGUUGAAACUGGGGAUUUGCUCAUAAAUGAGAAACUAGAUCGAGAGGAGCUAUGUGGUUCCACUGAGCCUUGUGUACUACAAUUCCAAGUGUUAAUGGAAAAACCCUUAGAAAUACUUCAGGCUGAACUGAGGGUGAGAGAUAUAAACGACAAUUCUCCCAUGUUCAUUGAAAAAGAAAUGAUUCUAAAAAUACCGGAAAACAGUCCUUUAGGAUACGCAUUUCCUCUGAAUAAUGCUGUGGACUUAGACGUAGGAAGCAAUGAUGUUCAAAACUACAAAAUCAGCUCCAACUCUCAUUUCCGGGUUCUAACUCAAGAACUCAGAGAUGGCAGGAAAUACCCAGAACUAGUGUUGGAUAAAGAGCUGGAUCGGGAAGAGGAGCCUGAAGUAAGAUUAACUCUGACCGCGCUGGAUGGUGGCUCUCCAUCCCGGUCUGGGACUGCUCAGGUUCUCAUUGAAGUGGUGGACACCAACGACAAUGCCCCAGAGUUUGAAAAGCCAAUCUACAAGGUGCAGAUUCCAGAGAAUAGCCCUGUUGGCUCCCUGGUUGUCACUGUCAUCGCCAGAGAUUUAGACAGUGGAGUCAAUGGGAAAAUAUCAUACACACUCUUCCAGCCUUCGGAUGACAUUAGCAAAACUUUGGAGAUAAAUCCUAUGACAGGAGAAAUUCGACUUCGAAAACAAGUAGAUUAUGAAACAGUGCUAUCUUAUGCAGUGGAUAUAAAGGCCACUGAUGGGGGAGGUCUUUCAGGAAAAUGCUCUCUUCUCCUGCAGGUCACAGAUGUGAAUGAUAAUCCCCCAGAAGUGACCAUGUCUGCACUCACCAGCCCCAUCCCAGAGAACUCCCCGGAGAUUAUAGUUGCAGUUUUCAGUGUUUCAGAUCAUGACUCUGGGAACAACGGGAAGACAAUUUCCUCCAUCCAGGAAGACCUUCCCUUUCUUUUAAAACCUUCAGUGAAGAACUUUUACACCUUGUUAACGGAGAGAGCACUGGACAGAGAAGAGCGAGCCGAAUAUAACAUCACCAUCACCGUCACUGACUUGGGAACACCCAGACUGAAAACACAGCUCAACAUAACAGUGCGGGUCUCUGACAUCAAUGACAACGCCCCCGCCUUCACCCAAACCUCCUACACCCUGUACGUCCGCGAAAACAACAGCCCCGCCCUGCACAUAGGCACCAUCAGCGCUACUGACAGAGACUCAGGCACCAAUGCCCAGGUCAUCUACUCCCUGCUGCCACCUCAGGACCCGCACCUCCCCCUCGCCUCCCUGGUCUCCAUCAACGCUGACAACGGACACCUGUUCGCCCUGAGGGCGCUGGACUACGAGGCCCUGCAGGCCUUCGAGUUCCGCGUGGGCGCCACAGACCGAGGCUCCCCCGCGCUGAGCAGCGAGGCGCUGGUGCGCGUGGUGGUGGUGGACGCCAACGACAACUCGCCCUUCGUGCUGUACCCGCUGCAGAACGGCUCUGCGCCCUGCACCGAGCUGGUGCCCAGGGCGGCCGAGGCGGGCUACCUGGUGACCAAGGUGGUGGCGGUGGACGGCGACUCGGGCCAGAACGCCUGGCUGUCGUUCCAGCUGCUCAAGGCCACGGAGCCCGGGCUGUUCAGCGUGUGGGCGCACAAUGGCGAGGUGCGCACCGCCAGGCUGCUGAGCGAGCGCGACGCGGCCAAGCACAGGCUGCUGGUGCUGGUCAAGGACAAUGGCGAGCCUCCGCUGUCCGCCAGCGUCACGCUGCACGUGCUGCUGGUGGACGGCUUCUCCCAGCCCUACCUGCCGCUGCCGGAGGCGGCGGCGGAGCAGGCCCAGGCCGACUCGCUCACCGUCUACUUGGUCAUCGCCUUGGCCUCGGUGUCGUCGCUCUUCCUGUUCUCGGUGGUGCUGUUCGUGGCGGUGAGGCUGUGCAGGAGGCACAGGGCGGCGUCUGCGGGUGUCUGCUCGGUGCCUGAGGGCCACUUUCCGGGCCACCUGGUGGAUGUCAGCGGUACUGGGACCUUAUCCCAGAGUUACCAAUAUGAAGUGUGUCUGAUUGGUGGCUCCGGGACAAAUGAGUUCAAAUUCCUGAAACCAAUAAUCCCCAACCUCCCGCCCCAAUGUCCUGCGAAAGAAAUUGAGGAAAAUUCUAACUUCCACAAUAGCUCUGCAUUUAAUUAUUGAUAGGAACCCAGUAAUAAGGACAUUAACUUCUUAAUAUUGUCUUCUUUGAUGAACUAAAUUUUUAAUGCUCA